AUGGUUUCUGAUGUUCCUUCUAAUGCUGCCCAGGAAACGCUGUUGAAGAUAGAAAUGUUCCCAGCAGUGUCUGAGCAAAUGUCCCACGCUGACUAACUCUACCAUCUGGCUGUUUUUCAGGUUCAUUCAAUCUCCCCCCUGCUUUAGGUCACAAGGUGCUGACUCCAGAGACUUGCCAUGAAACCACACUUGAAGCAAUGGAGACAACGAAUGCUGUUUGGGAUAUUCGCUUGGGGGCUCCUCUUUUUGGUGAUUUUCAUCUACUUCACGGACAGCAACCCUGCUGAGCCUGUGCCCAGCUCCUUCUCCUUCCUGGAGACCAGGAGGCUCCUGCCGGUGCAGGGGAAGCAGCGAGCCAUCAUGGGCGCUUUGCACGAGUCCGCCUCGCCCGCGGAAUGGGACGCAGCCAAGGCGCUGCCCGCUGCACCUGGCGACCCUCAUAGAUGGGCCCUGACGCAAGAUGGCUUUGAAAACGAAGACUUUUUUUCCUCCCAGGUUGGGAGAAAAUCUCAAAGUGCUUUCUACCCGGAGGACGACGAGUACUUUUUUGCUGCUGGUCAGCCAAAGUGGCACAGCCACACUCAGGGGACGCUGGGAUUCCCUUCCCCCGGGGAGCCAGGCCAGAGGGAAGGGGCUCUGCCGGCCGGACAGGUCCAGAGAAGGCGGGUGAAGAGGCGGCACCGGAGACAGAGGAGGAGCCACGUGCUGGAGGAGGGCGACGACGACGGGGACAGGCUGUACUCCUCCAUGUCCCGGGACUUUCUGUACCGGCUCUGGAAGGGAAACGUCUCCUCCAAGAUGCUGAACCCGCGCCUGCAGAAGGCCAUGAGGGAUUACCUGGCCGCCAACAAACACGGGGUGCGCUUCCGCGGGAAGCGGGAGGCGGCGCGGAGCCAGGCCGAGCUGCUGUGCAGGCUGCGGAGCCGCGCGCGCCCGCGCACCCUGGACGGCACCGAGCCGCCCUUCUCCGCGCUCGGCUGGCGCCGGCUGGUGCCCGCAGUGCCCCUGAGCCAGCUGCACCCCCAUGGCCUGCGCAGCUGCGCCGUGGUCAUGUCUGCGGGAGCAAUCCUCAACUCCUCCUUGGGCGAGGAAAUAGAUUCUCAUGACGCAGUUUUGAGAUUUAACUCUGCUCCUACGCGUGGGUAUGAGAAAGAUGUUGGAAAUAAAACCACCGUGCGCAUCAUUAAUUCCCAGAUUCUGACCAACCCCAACCACCACUUCAUUGACAGUCCAUUGUAUAAAGAUGUUAUUUUGGUGGCCUGGGACCCUGCUCCUUACUCCUCAAAUCUUAACCUGUGGUACAAGAAGCCAGAUUACAACCUGUUCACUCCAUAUAUCCAGCAUCGUCAGAGAAACCCAGACCAGCCAUUUUACAUUCUUCAUCCCAAAUUUAUAUGGCAGCUUUGGGACAUUAUCCAGGAAAACACUAAGGAGAAGAUUCAGCCCAACCCACCAUCUUCUGGUUUCAUUGGAAUCCUCAUCAUGAUGUCUAUGUGCAGAGAAGUGCAUGUGUAUGAAUACAUCCCAUCCAUCCGGCAGACAGAGCUUUGCCACUACCACGAGCUGUACUACGACGCAGCCUGCACCCUUGGGGCCUAUCACCCGCUGCUCUACGAGAAGCUCCUGGUGCAGCGCCUGAACAUGGGCACCCAGGGUGACCUGCACCGCAAGGGCAAGGUGGUCCUGCCAGGGUUCCAGGCCAUGCGCUGCCCUGCGCCCAGCCCAACUAGUCCACACUCUUAAAAAGGGUCACUUGGGAAUCAAUGUGCAAUAAGGUACUACUGUUGUACUUCACAGUCACAAAAGAAUACUUGAAGAUAUAUUUUAGACGAUGUAGUUUUGAGUCUUUAAACUGUAAUUUAGUGAUGGUCUCAAGAAUUCUUCUCUUCUUAAGCCAUUGAGUAUUUAUUACUGCUUUGAAUAUAGAAAUGGUAUUAAAAAAAAAAUAGCUCAAGAGAGAUGCCAAAAAAGGAUAGUGAGAAAGAAAACAAAUGUAUAACCAUGGAUAUGAUACCUCCAAAAAUGUCAGCCUUUUCUUAUGCCAUGGGUGCCCUCAGCAGAGUGGUUUCAAUUACAGGCUUUGGUGAUACUCCUGGUCUUAUAAAAUGCUUUCUAUUUGGAAACAUCCAUCUUGCAGUACAGUAUCUACAGCAUUAUCUAAUGCACUGAUACAUGCAUUCAUCAUUGAAUAGAUUUUAUGAUCAACAUUUGAAGUAUCACUCAGAUGCGUUCAUUUUAACAGCAAAAAAUCCCCGCUUUAUGCUAUCAGGUGUUUCCCACCAUUGCAUUCCCCACUUCCGCCUCCCAUUGUCCACUGAAUGCAUUGCUCUCUGUGUACCGAGACAGAAUUCUAAACCUGUGAAACAUCCUUCUGGUAGGGGGUCCAAGAAAAAGUGAGAUCCCUUACUGCAUGACAGAGGAGACCCUUUGUUUCCCUGCAAUAUUCUGUGACAUACCCAGGAGCAUACGUGUCACAGACGGAGAGGAACACCACUGGCAAGUAAU